AUGUGGGUGGACGUGAGGCUUAGGAUGCUAUGCGGGUGCGGGAUGCGGGGAGCUGGGCGCGAGAGCUGCAUCCGGACACAUCCUGUUGCCCAGGUGCCGCCCCUUCCGGAAAACAGCAACUAUAGUUCAUCAGAGGCCAGGCCAGAGAGGCAGAGGCAGAGGCAGAGCAGUUCACUCCAUCCACGCCCUGCCUUCGCUUCGUCGCCGGCCUAUGAGUGCGAGCAAGAACCACUUCGAUCGGCGUGGGCGAGGAGUUCGCUGCGAGUGCGAUCGCCGCCUUCCGUCCUCUUCCUUCUUGGAACAGUGCGGCAGUGGGGCUUGGUACUCCUCCACGGCUCCACCCCAAGCAAAGCAAAGCGAUUUCAAGGCUUGCCAAAAUCACAUAUUUCAUAUGUACGAAACAUUAAGGAAGGAUUACCUCUCUUCCUCUUCAAUUAUGAUGAUCGCAGAUUGUAUGGUAUUUACGAAGCUGCAGGGAAUGGCAAAUUCUGCCCUGAAUCAAAUGCAUGGUCACAUGAUAGCAAGGGCAAAACAAGCUAUCCUCCCCAGAUGCCCCCUGCCGCAGCACCAGCUGAUGAUCAUGGGAGAGAAUUAGUGAUAUCACCUGGAUGGGCAACAGAGUGUGAGGGGAACAAUAACCUCAAAUCAGAAAAGGUUGUGAAGUCAUAUGCUGACAUAGUGAAGAAGAAUAAAUUUGAGGAAGUUGGGACAAGAGAUGUGGAUGUGGAACAUGCAAGCUCAGGUAAUGAAUCUUUUGGUGGUCUUGAUGAACUGGAUUGUCAAUACACAUCACCAGAGAGGGUGGUUCCAGUGCAACAACAACAGUACCCUGAUAAGCAGGGAAAAAUGCUGAGCUUUGAUCAGGUGUUACAAGGGCGCAUGACUUUUCCUGAUCAGCAGUGGCAUUCUGAUUUUUAUGCCAAUACUACUGAAACUGAAGAUAAUGAUGCAUAUAGCUGCAAGUAUGCCCAAGAGGUCAAAUGUGCAAUUCUGGAUGGUAACUCUAAUUUGCCAGAAACCUUAGAUUCUGAAGUUGAUAAGCUGUCGUUGGGGCAUUCUAAUUUGCUGGUGCAGUUAUUGGACUCUGAAUCAUGCACAGAAGCCAAGAUGAUUGAUGUAGUUAAAGAGUUAUCUGGACGAAUAGAGGUGAUGGAGAAGAAGCAGGCUUGGUCCAACAAAGAAGUCAAACAUUUACAAGGGGUGAAUGAGAGAUUACUGAAAAGAAUUGUUAAACUAAAGGGAACAGUUAAGACAUUGAAUUCUAAAAUAGAUCCUUUGACCCUAGACGAUUCACUUAACCAACUCUUUUCCCCUUCAUUGGACGUAGUAACACCCCUCAAAUCAAUGGCUGUUGGCAAGUCAUAUACCUCAACUGUUGCACUAGAGGGCAAGAUAUUUGUUCUCGGUGGUGGUGAUGGUGCUUGCUGGUUUGAUACAGUUGACUGUUAUGACCGAAGCCGUGAUGAUUGGUCCACAUGCCCAUCGUUGACUCGUGACAAGGGGAGCCUUGCUGGGGUUAGUGUCAAUGGGAGAAUCUAUGCAUUUGGUGGUGGAGAUGGAACUGAGUGUUUCUCUGAUGUUGAGAUGUUUGAUCCUACUCAUGGAAAGUGGAUAAAAAGUCAACCUAUGCUGGAAAAGCGCUUUGCUCUAGCUGGUGUAGCACUAAAUGGUGUGAUUUAUGCUGUUGGUGGCUUCAAUGGUGUUGAAUAUCUGAGCUCUGCUGAAAGACUUGAUCCUCGGGAGCCUAAUUGGAAAAUGGUGCCAAAGAUGAGUGCAGGAAGGGGCUGUCAUACACUUACAGUGCUUGAUGAGAAGAUAUUCUCGAUUGGUGGAUACGACAUUGGGGCUAAAGCAAUGGUGGCUACUGUUGAGGUGUAUGAGCCAAGGAUGCCGUCAUGGAUGAUGGUUGAACCCAUGAACUACACCAGAGGAUAUCAUUCUUCAGCUGUGCUCGGUGGCUCAAUAUUCACCUUUGGUGGGGUGAAAGGUGAAGCAGAUACAAUCUUGGAUGUGGUGGAACGCUACAAGGAAGGGUGUGGUUGGGUGACUACGGGGUUGAAGUCGAUUGGCAAGAGAUGCUACUGCUCAGCAAUUGUUCUCUGA